AUGCGUAGAUUCUUAGAUUCAGCCUUAGCAACAAUAGGAUAUCCAACAGUAGAACCCACAUUAGAUCCACGCUAUGAUAUCGCAGCGAAAAACUUUUCCAUCCUUCAAGAAGAUACUUCACAGAUUAUUACAACUUUAGCACAACUUCAACAACAAAUCAGUAAUGUAAGCAGAAUUUGUGCUCGACUCGGAUCAAAUCUUACUGUCUGGUCUGAAGAAUUUCCCGAAAACGUUAAAAAUGAAGCAAUAACAAUUGAAAGUUUCGGAAAACAAUUUGACAAUCUUACAACAAACUUUUUCGUACCACGCAUAGAACCUCUUAUCGUUUCUCCCUUAGCAAAAUUCCAAAGUGAAGUUAUGAGAUUAGUAGAAGUAAGAAAACAACGUGAUGAAGCAGUAAAACAGUAUGAUCACGCAAGGGCAAAUUAUAAGUACCUGUCCGAAAAGAAAUCCUCUGGAUUUGAAAAAGCGGAAGCAGAAUACAAACUUACAAAAGAGAACUAUGAAAAAUACAAUGAAGACUUCAUCGAAACAGUUAAGAAGUUGAUGAAUCAACGUGAAAAUGGCUUAGAUACACCAGCAAAGACUUUAAUUGCAAUUUUAUCUCAGUUUUUGAUGCAAUUAUUUAGAGAAGCUCAGAAAUUUAGAACAACAUUCCCAGAAUAUGUUCUUAACGGCGGAACUGUCGAAAGAAAGUCAAUUAAAGACAUCGUCUUUGCAGAUGAGCCAAUUCCAGAGGAUGUCCAGUAUCCUGUUGCAGAAGAUACCCCACCAGCCUAA